AAAACAAAAAUACUACGAAACUUUUGUUGUUCUCAAGCAUUACUCUAGAAGUUAUUCUCCAAAUUAAAAUAUAGGUGCAAAAAAAUAUAAAGUUGUUAAAGGUCCAAGUCAAAGCAGGUGGGCAUGCACGCGUACUAAAUGGGAUGGGUAUUGAUUGUUGGUUCUUUGGUUGUGCUCUGGGUAGCAUCUCUGUGCAAAAUCCUUCGCGGAUCAAGCUCACCUUCCAGGAGCUUAUUCUUGAAUACUGGUGGAGCUCUUCCCAAGAGAAAUGUCUUGCUAGUUGUUGCCCACCCAGACGAUGAGUCUAUGUUCUUUUCUCCAACAAUAAGCUAUCUGACUUCAAGAGGGCACAAUCUGCACGUAUUGUGCUUGUCAAUUGGCGAUGCCGAUGGCAAGGGGGACAUCAGAAAAGAAGAGCUUCAUCGAGCUUGUGCAAUUCUCAAGGUUCCACUUCAACAAGUGAAGAUUCUGGACCAUCCAGAUUUGCAGGAUGGUUUUGGCAGGGUUUGGAACCAUACUUUACUGGCUAAGAUUAUUGAGGGGGAAAUUAUAAAUUAUGGCAUUGACUCGAUAAUUACUUUUGAUAACUAUGGUGUUUCGGGUCAUUGUAAUCACCGUGAUGUGCAUUAUGGGGUUUGCAGCAAGUUCUUGCAUGAUACUUCACAAGGAACUAUUGAGGCCUGGGAGCUUGUUAGUACCAACAUCUUACGCAAGUAUACUGGACCACUUGAUAUCUGGUUGUCCAUUUUACAUGCUAUGCAACACUCAGGUGAAGUGAUGCAUUGCUUGCUAAAUGAGCAUCCCCAGAAGAGCUUCCUCGCGAUGGCACAACACUCAAGCCAAUGGGUUUGGUUCCGCAAGCUUUUUGUAGCAUUUUCCAGUUAUACCUAUGUGAACACGCUUAGAAAGAUCAGGCGUAUGUGAAGUAACAAUGGAACAAUUAUGGAUUAUGAGGUCUAUUUCGCAGAGUCGGCUCAACGUUAAUUUUCUAUAUCCAUCCAUGCAUAUAUUGCCAGCUUGAUACAUAGGUUUGAAGGUGCUUUCUUCACAUCAAUCAAAUUUCUGGCAUAAUUUUCAGGCAAUUUAAUAGAAACCCUAUAGUCAGGACAUGGUGCCACAACUGUUUAGCGUCGAAUUACAACUGAAAGAUCUCUUCAUCUGAAUGACUUGCGAGACGAAAAGAAAAGGAAAGAAGAAGAAUUGCACAAAGAAAUUCUAUACUCGGCUUAGUUUCCUUGAUACAGAUUAUAUAUGUGGAUUACUAAUGGUAUAAAAAUACUGAUGUUGGCUUGCAUUUGGAUAUCAGGCUUGGUUUAGGUUUCGUUUUAAAAAAAUUGUUUCUCAAUUUCUCAAAAUAGCUCUUCUUCCCUAUUGAUAAAGCAAAUACAUUCCCACCUCUUUUUGUAA